GUUUUCAGAUUGCAUGUAAUGUUUGGUUAAGAUCUCGCAAGUAAAUGGAAUACAUACAAUACCAACGAAUUCGGGCUACAGAAUUCGUUGACAGUACCACAGCUUUGAAGAAUUUCAUCACCAACAGUUAAUUCAGAGAAAAAUCUACGAAAAAAAACUUGAACGUGCUUCAAAUUCUCUGUCACAAUGGGCCCAAAGAAGGCAAAAGGGAAGAAGAUGGACUCCGUCGAUGGAGUAGACACCUCGAAAAUGAACAGAGAACAGCUGGAAGUUUAUUCUCAUAAAAUUCUGGAGGAAAUGGAAAGGGAACGAGAAGAACGGAAUUUUUUCCAAUUGGAACGAGACAAAUUGAGAACUUUUUGGGAAAUAACGCGACAUCAACUUGAUGAAGCCCGAGCAGCUAUUAGAAAUAAAGAACGUGAAAAAGAAGAAUUGAUUGAGAAGCACGAUGCCGAACUCAAGUUAUAUAAACAGAAAGUGAAGCACUUGAUGUAUGAACAUCAAAGUAAUUUAUCUGAAACCAAGGCUGAACACAUGGUUGCACUAAAAAUGGCUCAAGAUGAUCAUAUGCUGCAAGAAAAUGAACUUAUUAAAGAUAAAAAAGAUUUGAAAAAAGCUCGCAAAGAGCAGGAACUGGCUCACCUGAACGAAAUACGUGAAUUGAAAUUGUCCAAUGCUGAAGAGAUGAGUAAUGUAAUGAAGAAAUUUGAAUCUGAGGCAAUUGAAUUGGAGCAAAAAUAUGAGCAUAAAUUGGCUGAUCAGUACGAGGCAUUGACACUAAAACAUCGAAUGGAAAUCACUGAAGUGGAAGAGCGAAAGAACAAGCAGAUAGCUGAUUUAAUAAAAAAUCAUGAAAAGUCGUUUGCUGAAAUGAAAAAUUAUUAUAAUGACAUUACUCUGAACAACUUAUCUCUAAUUCGAAGUCUAAAGGAACAAAUGGAGGUGAUGAAAAAUCACGAGGAGCGAAUGAAGAAGCAGGUGCGAGAGCUUUCGACGGAAAAUAAAAAAUUUCAAGUGGAUUUGAAAAUAGCUCAAGAACAGGUGGCAGAGUUUAGUAGACAGCUUUUAAAUUAUAACAAGGACAAAACAUGUUUAGUUAAUACUAAAAGACGGCUGACUGAAGCUGUGAAAUCGCUGGAAAAUCUUAAAUGGGAAAAUGAGAUCCUCGAAUUGCGAUUUGAUAAGUGCCAAGGAGAACGUGACGAACUUCACUCCAGAUUUGUAUCGGCAAUCCUAGAACUUCAACAGAAGACUGGCCUAAAGAAUGUCCUUCUGGAGAAAAAACUUCAAAAGCUUUCAGAUUUAUUAGAACAGCGUGAAGCUCAAAUAGGUGAAGUGUUAGCUGCUGCUCAAUUGGAUCCGGCAACUAUUCUUAGUGUCAAUCAAAAAUUAGAAGAAUUGUUAAAUCGCAAGAACACAGCGAUUCAGGAUCUCCAAGUUGAAUUAGCAAGAGUUUGUAAAGCACAUGACGACCUCUUGUUAACAUGCGAAAGCAAACUGCAAGAAUAUGGAAUAUCAGAGACUGGACUAGGCUUUGAGCCAUUGAGGACCAAGGCCUUGGGUGCUAAAGUUGCUACUGCUUCAACCGGAAUAUUCAUAAAUAACGAAUAGAACGCUAAUUUGUAAAAUAAUAAUGAAAAUUCAUACCUAAAUUCCCUUGAACAAAAUGUAGAAUUCAUAAUAUGAAACCAUUGAAUCAUGCCUGCCACCUGCAUUCAUAAUCUCAAUUACUAGAUAUCGAUGACAUGGGUAGCUAUAAAUAAUUAAUACUAAGACUUUUCAUGGUUGCACGUACGAUAAUUUUAUUACAGAAUAUGAUAAAUAAUCGUCAGAAACAGAUACAUCUAUUAUCCCCAAAAAUUAGACAAAUUUAUCACAGAGGAUGUACAAUAUACAAUAUAGAUUAAAGCAUCCCUGAGAAAUAUAAGGAUCAUUUAUUUCAUCAAGCCAACAAUUUGUUAUGUAAGUAUCAUGCAUCUGCUAUUUUGUAUUGGAAACUAUCGGUCGGUCGAUAUCAUGAUUUUGCUUGUCGAAUUGAGAUGCAUCAUCAACGGAAAUGGAACAGAAACCUUAUUGUUCUCAGGAACGAACAUAUACCAUUAAUGUUGUAAUACAAAUCUCAUUUAGUUGUAUGUAUAAUUUUAUACGCGUAAGAGGGUGUCAGUUUUAUAUUUCUGUUCAAGUAUGUUAUGUAUGCAUUGAUUUGGUGUGUAUGUGUGU